UCUGUCCUUCUGCUCCUGAGGAGCCCACAUGGCGGCAGUUUAAAGAAGCACAGAGGCGAGUGAGUUCUCCCUGCCGCUCUCUCGAUCUCGAGCUCCCUGGAGCUUCUGUAGCGUGGGUUCCUCUCCAUUUAAGCGUUUUCAGCUAGUCUUGGAGUUGAUUUCUGAGGAAAGCAAGAAAACACCGAGUCAUGGAUGCUGCCAACAUCGUCCUGAGUGCCCGAGGGCCGACCAGUGUCGUUACAAGAGGAGGUUUCUGUACGGAAAGCUCCAUGUUUUUGGGCGAGAGGUGUUUGAAGACCAGGGUGGUUUUCGGAACCCAGUUGGACGGAAAGGCGAAGUUCAGAAGCUCGGGUGUAAGGGAGAAAACUGGUGUCAUACGCUCUGUUCUAGCUGAUAUCGACAAAGAGAUACUGACCUCCCGUGAACGAGCUUUUACAGAGAGGAAGCCAGCCCCCAAAAAUGUUGCAGCAAUAAUAUUAGGUGGAGGUGCUGGUACUCAUCUUUUUCCACUUACCCGUCACAGAGCUACACCAGCGGUACCUAUUGGAGGAUGCUACAGGCUUAUUGAUAUCCCAAUGAGCAACUGCUUCAACAGUGGAAUAAACAAAAUAUUCAUCAUGACUCAAUUUAAUUCUCAAUCUCUUAAUCGCCAUCUCGCUCGAACAUACAACUUUGGGAAUGGGGUUAACUUUGGUGAUGGAUUUGUUGAGGUAUUAGCAGCCACCCAAACUCCGGGUGCAUCUGGGAUGAAUUGGUUUCAGGGCACAGCAGAUGCUGUAAGGCAAUUUUUAUGGGUAUUUGAGGAUGCCAAAAAUAAGAACGUUGAGCAUGUUUUAAUACUUUCUGGUGAUCAGCUGUACAGGAUGAACUACAUAGAUUUUGUGCAGAGGCAUGUCGAUACGGGUGCUGACAUAACAGUUUCAUGUGUCCCAAUGGAUGAUAGUCGAGCAUCUGAUUGUGGUCUGAUGAAGAUAGAUGACAAAAAUCGGAUCACACAUUUCUCUGAGAAACCCAAGGGUGCUGAUCUAAGAUCCAUGCAAGUUGACAACACCAUUUUAGGAUUGUCUCCACAAGAAUCAAAAAAAUAUCCAUACAUUGCGUCCAUGGGGGUUUAUGUAUUUAGAACAUCUGUCCUGCUAAGGCUGCUGAGGUGGACUUAUCCGGCAGCCAAUGACUUUGGAUUAGAAAUCAUUCCUGCAGCAAUCAAAGAGCACAAUGUGCAGGCAUAUUUAUUUGAUGGCUACUGGGAAGAUAUUGGAACCAUCAAGUCAUUUUUUGAAGCCAACUUGGCUCUUACAAAGCAGCCUCCAAAAUUUAGCUUCUAUGAUCAAGAUACACCCUUCUUCACUUCACCACGGUAUCUGCCUCCAACCAAAAUGGAGAAGUGUCGGGUUGUAGAUUCUAUAAUUUCACAUGGGUGUUUCUUAAGAGAAUGCAGUGUUCGGCACUCUGUUGUGGGUAUACGUUCACGUCUAAAUCUUGGUGUUGAGCUGCAGGACACAUUGAUGAUGGGGGCUGAUUAUUACCAAACUGAGGCUGAAAUUGCCUCUCUCUUGGCAGAAGGAAAAGUUCCCAUUGGUGUUGGAGAAAACACCAAGAUCAGGAAUUGCAUCAUUGACAUGAACGCAAAAAUUGGAAAGAAUGUGGUGAUUGUGAACAAAGAUGAUGUUCAAGAAGCAGACAGAUCAUCUGAAGGAUUCUAUAUCCGUUCUGGGAUCACGGUAGUACUGAAGAAUUCAACAAUUCAGGACGGGACUGUAAUUUAGGAUGACAGCAAGCAGGACAGUUCGGUUGAACGGAGAUGAACAGGAAAAGAGGCGGAAAAGCACCCUCUAAGUCGGAUGUGCAUUUCGUCUGCAGUAUGGAGUAACAAUGAAGCGCUACUCUUUCAUUUCAGGGUCCUAUCCUAUGCAAAGAAAUGCCCAUCCCUUGUAUUGAAUGAGUUCGGGAAGCUUCGCUACCAGAAGCUCUAGUUUGUUUUUUACAGAAUAAGUAGCAGGUGCAGAUGCGCCUUAUCGUAAUAGCAUGUAAAUUUUCUGAGAGUUCUAGGAAUUACUGGAAGCUAAUUUUAGUUUGAUA